UGAAUGCAUUUUAAUGGUAUGAUAGAGAAGAAAAAGGUAUGUCAGCUCUUUGUCCACCACCCUCUCCUGCAGUUGCCAAAACAGAGAUCUCUUUGAAUGGAGAGUCGCCUUUGUUGGCUGCCACUUUUGCUUACUGGGACAAUAUUCUUGGUCCCAGAGUGCGACACAUCUGGGCCCCGAAGACCAAACAGGUUCUUCUCAGCGAUGGUGAAAUAACUUUUCUUGCAAAUCAUACACUGAACGGAGAGAUACUUCGGAAUGCGGAAAGCGGUGCGAUAGACGUGAAGUUUUUCGUUUUGGCAGAGAAAAGAGUGAUCAUUGUGUCAUUAAUCUUCGAUGGAAACUGGAAUGGAGACAGAAGCACCUACGGACUGUCCAUUAUACUGCCACAAAGUGAACUUGGCUUCUACCUGCCUCUUCACAGGGUGUGUGUGGACAGGUUAACACAUAUUAUAAGGAAAGGAAGAAUAUGGAUGCACAAGGAGAGGCAAGAACAUUUCCAGAAGAUUGUCUUGGAAGGCACAGAGAGAAUGGAGGAUCAGGGCCACAGCAUCAUUCCGAUGCUGACAGGAGAAGUUAUUCCUGUAAUGGAACUCCUUUCUUCUAUGAAAUCACACAGUGUUUCAGAAGAAAUAGAUAUAAGUGAUACAGUGCUAAAUGACGAUGACAUCGGGGAUAGUUGUCAUGAAGGCUUUCUCCUCAAUGCAAUAAGUUCGCAUCUUCAGACCUGUGGUUGUUCCGUAGUUGUUGGUAGCAGUGCAGAAAAAGUGAAUAAGAUUGUGAGAACAUUGUGUCUGUUUCUUACACCGUCAGAACGUAAAUGUUCCAGACUCUGUAGAAAUGAAUCAUCUUUCAAGUAUGAGUCAGGACUUUUUGUUCAAGGAUUACUCAAAGAUGCAACAGGAAGCUUUGUAUUGCCCUUCCGUCAAGUAAUGUAUGCUCCAUAUCCCACUACACAUAUAGAUGUAGAUGUCAAUACAGUGAAGCAGAUGCCACCUUGUCAUGAACACAUCUAUAACCAGCGACGCUAUAUGAGAUCUGAGUUGUCAGCAUUUUGGAGAGCUAAUUCAGAUGAAGAAAUGUCUCAGGAUCCUAUUAUCCACACAGAUGAGAGUUUCACACCGGAUUUAAAUGUCUUUCAAGACAUCCUGCAUAGAGAUACCUUAGUGAAAGCCUUCCUGGAUCAGAUCUUUCACCUGAAGCCAGGCUUGUCUCUGCGGAGUACUUUUCUUGCACAGUUUCUGCUAGUCCUUCACAGAAAAGCCUUAACUUUAAUAAAAUACAUAGAGGAUGACACGCAAAAAGGAAAAAAGCCUUUUAAGUCUCUUCGUAGCUUAAAGAUAGACCUUGACCUAACAGCAGAGGGCGAUCUUAACAUAAUAAUGGCUUUAGCUGAGAAGAUUAAACCAGGUCUACAUUCCUUCAUCUUUGGAAGACCAUUCUACACAAGUGUACAAGAACGUGAUAUGCUGAUGACAUUUUAAAAUUCGCCACUGUUGAUGUGUGAUAUUGCAAUCUUGCAUGCCAGUAAAAGAAAUCAAUGUGAAUGCCACAUAUCUGGCAAUCAGUGAUCUGAUUUAUAAUGAAUCAGUAGUAACAAAGGAAUUUACCAUAUUUAAGAAGCAGGAAGGAAUGCUAUCAGACGCAAUAUCAACUUACCUAGAAGAGCAUGGUUUUAAUCAACCCUUUUCUUCUGUGUACCAUUUUUUAACAGUAAAAUACCAGAAGGAGUUCUUUUGUGGCAUGGUCUCAACAGGAAAAUGCAGAUGUGCUUUGGUUUGAAUGCUGUUUUAUUUUAUUUCUCCACUGAAUUUCUUCAGAUGUGUGCUAGUUUCCCCCUGUCAUGCUGUCAAUAUCUGUAGUGUUUCCACAGAAAGUGAUGUACCUAGCUGCUCUAAGGGUUGCAGCAUGAUCUCUCCAAAGGUGUCAAAUUUUAAGAAAUGUUCUUAUGGUACAAAUGGUACAAAUCUGAAACAUGCUUGAUCUCCCUUUUUAACACUAAUGGUUCAUUCAUUUAGAGCAUUUACUUUUUUUUUUAAUUACAAGAUGAUACUAAACUUGUGUGGGAAGUAUUGAUUGUUAACAAUGUAAAUUGCAGCAGUCUGCACAAGGGAACUAGGACCUUAUUUAAGAUGCUUUGUUCAUUUCAUUGCCAACCAGGAUGUUCUCCCACAGAUUUUUUGCCAAUCCUGCAAUUAAAUGUUUACUAAUCCAGCAUUACUGAGCUCUUUCGAACUGCAGAAAAAUGAUGUUUCUCAGCUUCUGUUGUUAGCCUUUGCCUAUUAACUAUUGUUUUAUCCGUUGUAAGUUUGUAUACAGGCUAAGGUAACACCUUAAACCCUUCCCACAGAGCGCCAAGAUGAUAUCCAAACAAGAAGAUGAAAUAUGUCUUCGCCUUUAAUAAGAGUUAUCUUUAAUUCAUGAUUCAAUUUAAGACUGUGAAUUUAAGAGAUUAACAUUUUAUGAAGUGAGUUUUAAUGAAACUCCGUCAUCUCCAGCUUUGCUUUACUUGAAAGUUUAAGGGAGUGCAAAAGGUAUUCUAUUUGUAGGCCAUAGACUUUUUAAUAUGAGGUGUGUUUUUUUUCUUUUGAUACUUUGGCUCAUGGUUAAUGUGUGCUCUACUGAAACUGGUGACAUGUCURUGUUUCAUGAUGGUGAAUUUCUCUUAUUUUUGGAUGAAGACAGGAAUCUGAAUGAGAACUUGUCAGAAUGAUGCUGACAUAAGUCACUUGUUCUGAGAUCCCGUUUAUCUUGCUACUAUUUUUCUUUCGUUAUGCACUUUAUUCAGUUUAUAAUUAAACUACAUGCCUGAUUCAUAACCUUUACUAGGAUCACAGCCUAGGACUGGGGAAAAAUUGUAAGAAACACUUGAAAUAGUGCAUAGAAAUAGUGUUAAAAUCUAAAUAGAUGUAAAUGUGGUGCUGGAAUUAAUCCCUUUAGCUUGAUAACCAUUGGAAACAAAAUUGACACUGUUAACUGUAAAGCUCUAAUUUAUUGAAUGUGCUCUCACUUUUUGACUAAAWCUUGGAAAGUUCAAUUAAUACUU